AUGGACGAUGUGGCCGGAGGGUCGCCGUCAGCCGCCCAGCCGGUGGCAGAAGGUGAGUCACGAAGGGCCUCCCACACAAACAAGAGAGUGAAGAUCCUCAAACGUUCCUUUGCGGAAACCGCAGCAAUCCAUCCCAUGCUAGACGAUGACCAGAUGGCUGAAGUGACGGACGAUGACUGGCUGGGGGAAGGCUUCGUGGUUGAGCCAGACAAAGAAACAGAGGAUACGAGAGAUGGCAUCCCAGUCGCGAAGUUUUCCAAGGCCUUCCGGGAAGAUCUUGUGAAACCUUGGCGUAAGGCGCUUAUUAUCAAAUUUUUAGGGAAGCCACCGGCAUUCCCUCUCUUGAAGCAAAGACUGACCAAACUAUGGAACAUCAACGAAAAGGUGGAUAUGAUAGACAUCGACUUUAGUUACUACAUCAUCCGCUUUAACGUUGCCUCUGAGUACAGGCACGUCCUCCUUGAUGGGCCAUGGAAGUUGUUUGGUUGCUAUGUCAUCCCGCAAAGAUGGAGACCAAAUUUCGAUCCCCAGACUGCUAAAAUGGAGAAGAUGACUGUGUGGGUUCGUCUUCCGGGCCUAGGAGCGGAAUACUACCGCGACGACGCAGUCAAGAAUAUACUCAAUCACGUGGGAAAGCCGAUCAAACUUGAUAGAUGCACAUCGGGUAUUGAUCGUGGCAUGUUCGCUCGAGCGGCUGUUGAGGUAGAUCUAUUGAAACCUCUAGUCUCGAUGAUAUGGGUUCUCGAUCGGAUCCAAAAGGUGGAGUUUGAAGGCCUGCAUACCAUAUGCUUCACAUGUGGGGAAGUAGGCCAUGUCUCCAACCACUGCAAUCUGAACAAGUCGCCGGAACAGAAUAUUCCGAACACCAAUCCUAUGUCGGAGAUGAACGUCGACGGCGCUGGGAAGGCUAACGAAAAAGAAACGCCGAUGGCGGCUCCGUUGAAGAAGUAUGGUCCUUGGAUGAUUGUGUCCUAUAAGGACAAGAAAUCCAAGAAUGAUAGUCGCAACCCACCAAAAUCGACUAUUGCAAAAACCAGACCUAAAGAGUCAACUAAUAAAGGCAAAAGGGUGGUGGUUGACGUUGAACCUGAAGCCAGUAAGACGGCAGCUGCGCAAGGGAAAUCCAAAAUGACAUCCCCUCCGGUGAACAAGGAGAUUGACGACUUGCAUGAAACUCCCAUAUUUCUGGAAGGGGAUCCUAGUGGGAAGCAGAAAACCACGAAGAAACCUCCGAGAAGCAGAAGAGGAAGGCAGUGUCCUAACUUCCUUGUCCCCUCAACCCCCUAUAUGACGAUUGUUUCGUGGAAUUAUCGGGGUGUUGGGAACAAGGAAACGAUCUGUCACGCCAAAGUAGUCAUGGACAACAGCAACGUGAGAGCUAUCUGUUUCCUUGAAACCAAGACGAGCAAAACCGACAACCUUCUCAAGGCGCUCAGCGGUCUUCUUCUAGUUUGGAACAGUAACCUCCUCAACUUAGAAGUGGUGGGAAGCAAUUCUCAAACUAUUCACUGUAAAGUCAAGGAAGGUGGGAACUCGUCCAUGUAUCACUCUUUCGCAUACAUUAGGCCUAAUUUGAGGGCCAAAGAAGUGUUCUGGCAUGACUGCAGAGUCUUUUCUAAGUCCAUAACUGGGCUGUGGGUCAUACAGGGGGACUUCAACGACAUUGCGAAAAGAAAUGAACACUGGGGAAAUGAUCAUGUUAAUCCCCAUAAUCUGAACAGAUUCUGUACAGCUUUUGAGAACUGUGGUCUCAUGGAAGUCAACUCCAUAGGACCGUCCUUCACGUGGUGUAGACAUAUUGGGGGCCGGAUGAUCACUAGACGUAAGCUUGACCGUGUCUUCUGGAAUAUUGAAGCCCAAGAGGCUUUCCCGGAAGCUAAAGCCAAAGUCCUUACUAGAACACAUUCGGAUCACCACCCUAUUGCUUUCAUUAGACAUGCUGGAUCGGCCCCGGUAAGGGGUAAUAUGCCUUACCGGUUCGAAGCAGCUUGGCUUACUCAUGACGACUACAAAAGGAUUUGGAAAACUGCCUGGAAAGACAGAGAUGGUAAUGUGGUGGAAGCCAUCGAUGAAGUUACAAGGCUUAGCAAGCAAUGGAAUGAAGAGGUGUUUGGUAAUAUUUUCAAAAGAAAACGUCAGCUGCAAGCCAGACUACAAGGUAUCCAAAACUUGACUUGGUAUCACUCCCGGGGGCUCCAAGUUCUGGAAAAGAAACUUAAGGAGGAUCUUAAUAAAACGCUAGCCCAAGAAGAGCUCCUUUGGGCCAACCAAGAUGGAAAUGCACCAACGAGCCAUUAUGGUAAAAAGCUCAAUCCAAUAGAUGCCGAGAAACUUGUCCGUCCGGCUGACGUAGACGAAGUUAAAGCUGCAGUGUUCGGCAUGAAACGUAUGGGUAGUCCGGGCCCUGAUGGCAUUCAGGCAGCGUUCUAUCAAGACUUCUGGCAAGAGGUAGGCGGAUCUAUAACUAAGAUGGUGAAUGAGGCCCUUAUCUCGGCCACAGUUCCGCAUUCUCUUUUGGAGGCUUUCAUCACCUUGAUACCAAAAAAAGACAACCCGGAAACCGCUGCAGACUUCCGGCCUAUCACCCUCCUCAAUGUCAUGUUCAAAAUUGUUUCGAAAGUCAUUGUCAAUAGCAAGAGGUCAACAGGAACAAUUGGAAGCCUAUCCACAUCUCAAGGGGAGGAAUUGGUAUCUCGCACCUUUUCUUUGGAUGACCUCAUGCUCUUUGGAGAAGCAUCGGAGAAUCAAAUCCACACGACGAUGGACUGCUUGCACGAUUUCUCUAGUUGGUCAGGUUUGCAAAUUAAUCUCAAUAAAUCUUUGAUUUUCUGUUCUUCUAACACACUGAGUAGGGUCAAUAGGAGGUUAGGUACCAUCUCGGGCAUUCCAGUGACGAAAAACCUUGGGAAAUAUCUUGGCAUGCCCAUACUGCAAAAGAGAGUUAUUAAGAGACACUUUUCUUAUAACUUGGACAACAUGAGAAAAAAACUGACGAAGUGGAAGGCUGACACGUUAACUGUUGCUAGCAGACGUGUGCUGGUCCAGUCCGCCCUUGCAACCAUACCUGUCUACUUGAUGCAAUCCAUGGCUCUCCCCUCAGCCCUGAAUCAUAAAUACGUCCAUAAUGGUAACUUCUUCACUUCUGGCACUCCUAAGAAGGCCUCCUGGAGCUGGCGAAGUAUUAUCAAAGGGAGAAGUGUUAUUGAAAUCGGGGCGAAAUGGAGAGUAGGGAACGGGGAGUCGUUAGAUUUCUGGUCUGACGGGUGGAUCAAUGAUAAACCCUUGGGAUUAGAAAAUUCAAUAGACAUCCCUGAAAGCUCCUACAACAUGAAGGUAGCCGAUUUCAUUAAUGAGGACAGGAACUGGAAUUCGCAUGCCUUAGAGGAUGUGUUACCAGCCGAGCUCAUCAACAAAAUACGCACCAUCCCCAUUCCAGUUGAUGAGACCACUUCCGGCAGACUCACCUAG